UCUAAGACCACCACACCUGUGGAAGAUCCCUCCUCACGACGAGGCUUCUUGAACAACCGUUCGUCCCCAACACGGUCCUUCACCUUGGGUUUCUUCAGGCACAGAUCAUCGACCACAAUCUGUUUCCCCUUACCCACAUCGGCCCGAUCUGAGGUAGGAGGGGUGCCGCCACGAGAAACCAUGACGGGGGACUUGGGGAAAAGCCCUGCAUAAGGAAAAAACAAAGGUUAGAGCGAUGCCUAAAGUCACGAUACGGAGGUCCAAAACCCGGGCUGUAACGAGGACGUACCUAUGCCAGCCUUGUUCCGAUUGCUGUCAUUCACCAGCAAACGUAGGUUUUGGACUCCCUCACCAGCAAUAUGUGCGGCUUGCUCCAGCUCGACCGAGCUCAGGGUCAUGGGCUCAAACUUGACCAGGAAGGCAUUCCACCAGUCAGAGAAAGGAAGAGGAGAUCCAACUUCGGCGAAAAAUAAACUCUCCUCCCAGUCGUUCGGACUCGGUGGAUUAUUGGAGAAGAGCACCCUCCACGGACGGGCCACAAUGUUAAGAUAACUCGUUUGCCCGCUGGGAGAAAGCCGAAAGAAAUGAAGAAACAGAUUCACAGAAGGGACGACCUCCACGCCAUGACAACGAAUGAUGAAGCCAGCAAUGAUCCGAUAGGAGUUCGGGACGAGCUACGCCGGGGUUAUUCCGAGGCCCCUAAACAGAGAUAGAUGGAAAGGCAGCAAGAGGAAAAAGAAUCUGGCAAGCACGGAAUCCAGGUGAACAACCACAUGACCGGGGCAAAUGCCGCAUGGGAUGACGGAUGGACCGUGCAUCCCAGCCUUGCGGGGGAGGGAACAGUUGGGGAAUCAUUCCUCUCUCACGAGAAAGCAGACGUUGGCGCUAACGCCAAACGUUGCUGAAAUUAAGAGAAUAACGGGGAGGCCGAGGCAGCAUCCCACACUUAUAGACCGUUAGGUCAUCACCGGAGUAACAGCCGUCAUCAGACGGCCCCUCAGAACGCCUACGGGAAGAAGAGACCAUGGCAAUGUGCGGAAGAUAAAGGAGGACUUACUGGGAAAGGCUAAGGGGUUUUAGAGAGAGAAACCAAUCUGACAGAAUAACAGGUAAGGAAGGAAGCACAAUAACUCCACCAGGAAAAUGGGAUACUUAUAGGCUCCACCGCCGGUUCCCCCAAACAAAGGGAGGACACGUGGCAAGCCGUGUUUGGUAUAUCGUGCGACAGGAAUAACGCUUCGAUAUCCGCGCCAUCCAAGGGCAUGUGUUGGGGACCUUUCCCUUACAAACAAAGAAACAGACGUCGCCAUACCCGUUGGGCCGUAAUCCCGGAUGGCGGGGGUGACCCAAUACAACCCAUCGGCCAAGAGAGAGGAAAAAGGGCAGGGGAAACAGGCGAACGUCCCCAUCCCCUCCAAAAAAGGUUUCAGACACGAGAAGAUAAAGAUACGAACGGAUAAGGGAAGAUCAAAUAAUAAUCAUUCGACAAAUAGUGAGCACAAAGAGGACUUUAUUCUUCGGCUCUACUGGUCGGAUCAUACAAGCAAGCAAAAACGAGAACAGGGAAGGAAUUACUCCAGGAAGCCAUGCGCGGGAGAACGACGGGCGGGAGAAUCAGGUACCUCCUCCUCAGCAUCACUGACAUCGGGGGUAGGGGGUUCAGGGGCCUCCCCUCUCUACACAGCCUCCGUUCGUCUCUGAUUCCGAUCAAUCUUGGCAAUGACCCGUCGGAGCUCCUCGUUCUUUGUGUAAUCAUCCACGUGGAAGGGUUGACAACCGACUUGAGGAAAGAUCCAUUUAGAACCGAGCGGCCUCCUCUUCAAGAGCUUCGCUCCGUGUUCCAGGCGUUUCUUGGGCGGUACAGCCUGUAGCUCAUCUUCAAAAACGUCUCCCCCACCCCCCGGCAGUAGUCGUGCGUUGCCUUCAGAAACUGCGACGUCUUCUUAAACUCAGCAACAUCAAGGACCAGGGUAAGAACGUCGCAAGGAGCGGCCUCACCCUCAGAGGCCGGAUCAGGAACAACAGCAGGGACAAAGGAGAUCCCAUGUUUUUCUGCUAAGGCCACCUUGGCAAGAAGAUCUUGCUUCUCCCUCUGGGCUUGAUCUCGGGCGGCCUGGAGCUCCUUCUGGGCCUGAUCCAGAGCGGCCUUGAGCUCUUUCUUCUCAGCCAAAGCAGCCGCCUCUCUUGCCCGCACGACCUUCCGUUCUUCCUUCAGAGCUUCGUCAGCUCUCCUUUUGGCCUCGGCGGCAUCCUGCUCCCGAGUAACCGCCGCCUGCAACAGGCUCAGUCCAGCCUACAAGGGAAAAAACAUGAAUCAUAAAGAGACGAACGGUAGAUAGAGGUUGAAGGGCUUUAUAAAAGAGAGAGAGAGAGAGAGAGGGAAAGCAUUAAGAGGUAGGGUUGUACCUCGAAGGUCAACACUAGGGCAUGUUUAACAGCCACGUCUGAGGAACGGGCUGGUAGUUCCACCCCAGUUUGAAGGGCCAUAUCCCUCCAGACUUCAUGAACCGUGCGAUGUGGAAAGGGCAGCACGGUUUCAGCGGCCUUGGGACCGGAGGGCUCGAUGCACUGCCUCUUUGGCUUCUUCCCCUUGUCCGUUUGCCCACCAGCGGGGGGGGGGGGGGGGGGGGGGGGACGUUCAUCAGCUCCGCAUCUAAAAUCGGGCCGGUUUCAGCAGCCGGGACCUCUGAGCUCUGACCGGUCAUAGCCGCAAUAAGCUACCGCUCGACGUCCCCAACACGUCUGUCAGCCUGAGAUGCGGCAGAGGAGGUGGCCUCGAAGGAUUGGGUAGCUUUUCAUCUCGCCUCCAGCGCAGCACGCGCCUUGGCCGCGUUGGAUUCACGAAGAGCCAUCCAAGAGUGAUCUUCCUUCUUCUCUUCGGUAGGGGAGGACCUGAAACAAGAAACAAGGAAGUAUUAGAAUCAGGCGGUGCAAAUCUCGAAGGCACUCACCUCAGGGACUGGACCGCCCGGGCCCACAAGAUAAACACGGACAAAUGCUAAUCCAGGGAUCACAUGCGGUACCUAUCCCUGCAUCAGAAAGUGCCUGGGUAGUAAAAAAUUACUUCAACUUCUCAAUGGCAUCAUUCAAUUCUGUGGACAGCUUUGGCUGUUUUAUCUUCGGGGGAUACCCAUUCCACCUCACGGGAAGCCACUCGUCCGCAUAAUGGAGGAAGAAGCGGUUCUUCCAAUCAUGAAUGGAAGUCAGGCCCCCCUCAAAUAGCUUCAGGUGGGGACGUGCGGCCACGCUGAGGAACCCAUCAACAUUCUGGGGAGCGACCUGAAAGAAGUAGUGGAAGAGGUCUAGGCUCGAGGCAAAUCCUUCCAACCAGCAACGGACGAUGAAAGCGGAGAUGAGCCGAUAUGAAUUCGGCAUGAAUUGGGCCGGGACAACGUUGAAACAAUGGAAGAAAUCAAGAUAAAGCUGGUGAAGAGGGAAGCGCAGUCCAGCCUUGAUGGAGUCUAGAUGUACCAUGAUCAUCCCCGGACGUCUCAUGAACAGGUUAUCUGCACCACUCAAACUGUAGGCGAACGGCGGAGGAAGGAGGGUCUGCAGUUCCUUCAAAGCCUUGCGCGAGAAAGACUGCUGGAUCCCAGAAACAUUAUGAAUCAGCACAAUAUGGCAGGAGACGUCCACCGGAACGCCUAGAUCAAACACCUGCAUAUCAUCUCCUUCCUCGGCCUCGUCGCCAGAAUCAUAGUCGGUGGGACGCUCUGCCCCCACAUCUGGUUGUAUUGCUGCCAUCUGAUCACCUCCGGGGGCGAUAUCCAUAUCAACUUCUGCCCCCACACCUCCAGGGGCAGCCAUAUCCACCACAACCUGCCCCACCACAGCAGAGGAACCAGAAUGGCCGGAAGUGCUCGCCUCCCCCGAGGAACGGGAACUGGAGCCCGAACCAGAGGAUGAGCCGGUAGAGGAGCCCGACCCAGAACCAGAUUCAGAAGAUAUCUCCAUAGAACAGACCAUACUGAAAGAUGAAGCAGAGGAAAGGAAGAGAAUGGAUUCAAUUACCUGACGAACUUCGAAGAGCGAAACAAGGAACCGGAAAAUGCUUACAGAAGAACUCUGAAAACAAAUGGCGAGUAAGGUGGAAAAUUGGAAACCCUAAUCCCCACAGAAAGCCCGAUAUUUAUAGGAUGAUACGCCUCUCUCUAUUGACCAAUCCACAGACAACACGUGGCGAGGAGCGUACCUAGGGACACGUGUCGCGCGAAGACGAACAGGCGCGAAAUGAUUACUUUUACAUCGGAAAUCAAACAUGCCUGCAUAACUGCCACCUAGGGCCCCGUGAGCAGCAGCCGGAAAAGCAACCCUCACAUCAGGGAUGUCGGUUAGGGCGGUACGGCGGGGGCAUUUCGACUUCCUUAUGUCUCGAGCAUGCUCGGAACAUCAGAAGUGGGGGACUUGUGUUGGUUUAAUGGCCCAACAAGGGCCGGCCCAUCAACCCAUAUGGGCCUCCUACGAACGUCCCCAGAAGGCCCACAAGGACCUCCUAUGAUCGUCCUGUCGGAAGCCCAAGAAGAAGGCCAAGCUUCAAGCCCAAGGGUCAGGAGACGUACGUACCCUACUACCAGUAGGUACCAAGGCCCAAGGGUCAGGGGACGUAUGUACCCUACUACCAGCAGGUACCAAGGCCCAAGGGUCAGGAGACGUACGUACUCCAUUAUCAGCAGGUAUCCAGGACCAAGAUUCCCGCAAGGUACACAGGGACAGACGUCCCCACCUCGUGAUAGGAUGCCAAGGAUAGCUCAAGGACAGAUCAAGGAUAGCUCAAGAAUAGAUCAAGGAUAGCUCAAGUGCAUGGGGACGAACGUCCCCUCUCCUUAGCAGAGGAUCGGGACUCCAGCAGGAGACAAGCCCUUGGGGACGAACGUCCCCAUCCCAUGGCGAGAAACCAAGAUCCUGGCGGGAAGCGCAUUUAAUGCAGAAGAUUUGGUGGUUGGGAUCAUGACGUCCACAGCCAGCCACGUCAACACAUCCAACCACCCAUUGACAGUAUAAAUAGUAGCAUUUAUUUCAGUGUAAAGGGUUCACAAUUUAGCACUCUAGCACUCUAGCAAUAGUAUCAGUUCGUAGCAUAGCAUUGUACGUCCGGCCCUUCGGCUUGUAAUCGUUCAAUGAAUAAACACUCUUUAUUGGGUCUUUUCCAUGCUUGUUCUUUCAUCUUAACUUGUCCAUCUUCCACUCGAGACUCUUAGGUUACGUGUUGGGCCUACGAGUUGAAGGAAUAAACCUCAACAAAUAUUUUUAUUAUUAUUUAUUUUUUGGUAAUCACACAUUCUCUAUUGCAUGAAUUACUUCAUUUUUUGUGUAUUUAUUUCGUUUGAUGAUGCUCCAUUUUGGUGCAAUCCAUUGCACCUUAAAAAUAAUUGGUUGUGUUAAAAUAGUAAUAUUAAACUCAUAAAAUCUCAAGCAUGUGUUUAUUUUGUUCACAUGUAACUGUCUGCACUCAUAAUCAUUAUUUUAUGCACAAGUAACUUACAUGUUUCAUUGCCAUUUAUUUUAAAUAAUAAGUUAUUCAUUUGUUAAUAUAUUAUGCACACCGAUUUCUGUUUCCAUGCACACCUACUUUUUCAUAUUUUUGUGUAUUUUUUCGUUUAAUGAUGCUUCAUUUUGGUGCAAUCCAUUGCACCUUAAAAUAGUAUUAUUAAACUCAUGUUUAAUUUCAAACAUGUGUUUAUUUUAUGAACAUGUAACCGCCCGCACUCGUAAGCACUAUUUUCUGCAGAACUAAGUUACAUCUUUGAUUGGCGUGUAUUUUCAAUAAUAUGUUAUUCAUCCAAUUAAUAUGUAAUGCACAACGAUUUUUGCUUCUAUGCACACGUACUUUAAUAAAUUGUAGCUUCGCACACCAGCUUAAUGCACUUCUCUUUGCAGAUAUAAUAUGGUUUUUGCACCUUUCACCGAUGUCGAUAAUCACAAAAAAUGUGUCACAUUUGGUGCCGGUCUUCUAUUUAAGGAAGAUGUUGAAUCAUAUAUGUUUGGUUGUUCCAUUGUUAUCUAAAUGCAAUGGGUCACCCACCAAAGUGUAUUGUUACUGAUCAAGACCCGUCAAUGAGGAUUACAAUUGGAAAAGUUUUUCCCAAUACUCGCCAACGUUACUGCAUGUGGCACAUAAUAUCUAAGCUCACUGAGAAGGCUAGUCCUCUUCUUAGCAGUAAUGAAGAAUUUUUGUCGAAGCUUAAUUCUGUAGUUUGGAGUCACUAUCUUUCACCCUAAGAUUUUUAAAAGGAAUGGAUGCAAGUCAUUGUGGAAUAUGAUUUGCCUUGUUGAGUUUUUCUUGCAGUUUGAGAGUGCAAUGGAUUCUCAGCAUCACAAGAAUUCAAAAUUGAGCCACAUUUCUGACUCUUGCACACCUGUUCACAACAUAUCGCUACCUAUCGAGAAGCAUGCAUCAUCUGUGUACACUCUCCAUUUUUUAUGAAAUUCAGAAGGAGAUAUGUGUUGCAUGUUUCUCAUGUCCCGUUUUAAGCGUUCAAGAAGUAAAUGGUGUGCGUGAAUACGUUAUAAAUGAUGAGCGUGGUAUGAUUUUCAAUGUUGUGCAUUCUUUAAUCGCAUCUACGACAACAUGCAGUUGCAAAGACUUCGAUAGAGUUGGGUUGGUUUGUAGACACAUGUUUGUUGUGUUUAAAGACCUUAAAUUGCACAACAUUCCUGCUGACUUUGUUCUCAGUCGUUGGUGUAAAAAUAGUAUCAUUAAACCCAUGUAUGAUAUUGGCGAUACCGUUUUUGGCCAAUGUGUGACCAAUGAGGAGAGAAAGUUACAUGUGAAUCGAUUAUGGUCUGACAUUCAUUGUUGUGUUGCUAUUAUUGAGGAUAAGCCUAAUCUUUUUGUUCAGUUUGCACAAUUAAUAAAGGAACAGAAGACUAUUCUGCUCUCAUCACAGCAUCAUAGUGCACACGUCACAAGCAAGAAUUCCACCAUUCAGCAAUUUUGUGGUGCAACAGCUCCCUCAGAGGUCAAUGUACUUCCGCCGCAACAAGCUAGGAACAAGGGUUGUGGCAAGCGCUUAAAAGGUGGUAAAGAAGUUGCAAUACAAUCCAAGAAAAAGUUAAGACUAUGUAGAACUUGUAACGAGAUGUGUCACCAUGAUAGAUGUAAUUGCCCCAUGAAUAAAUCGGCUUGAAAUGUGCUACUUACCUAUUGUUACUUUAUGAUUUCUUUGUAAAACUUGAUGCUCAUACUUCAAUUGUUUUGUUUUACUUUGUUUAA